GCCUUUUGAAGUUUCACAAAGGGUGGCAGUUCAGAUGAUAGUGAGCGUUAAAUUAGUAACCUGUGGUAACCUUUUUAUACUUGUUAUCUUAAGUUGUUAUCUUACUUAUCCACUGUGUGAGUGACAGUCCCCAGCUUAGAAAACGUAUUGAAUAUUGGCAUGCAGACUGGGUGAUAUUUAAGAAGCACGUCUGUUUUAUUUCUGUUGAGUUCCAUUACAGACUAUUUGGUCCCUUACAAACUCAAAUUGCAUCAUAGAACUCAAUUGGGUAGAGUCUUUGACUGAUUUGUCUUUAGGAAACUAAGAUUGCUCUGUCAAUUUCAAUAAUGCUAUUUUUGUUCACAUUUUAACUCUUAUAUGUAAGACCAUUAACCAAGAACAUUUAAUUUCUGCUGCUUUAUCUCUGCUUUAUCUUUAUGCUCUCACACUGAUGCAUGAGAUUGUUUUCCCCAUCAGCUUCGGCGGCUUUGGUGGCUUCGGCCACAACACCUUUACUAUUGAACCAGAUGAAGCAACUUCAGUCCAAACUCUUUUCAGCAUAGCAGGGGGUGCCAGAGAUCAUACCAGAAUUGCUAAAAACCUCAGUACAAGGAUGAGUAUGGAGAAAAAAACAUCCCCGGCAGCUCAAUCUAAUUUGGAACCUCAAUGGAGAAACGUGGAGUGGACAGACGAGCAAAAGACGAGUCUGAUGAAGACUGUCAGCUCCUACAGACCAACCUGUGAGGAUGUGACUCAGGCUCGGAUUCUCCUCCUGGGCCCGAUCAGUUCUGGAAAGUCCAGCUUCAUCAGUUCAGUUCAGUCGGUGUUUAAUGGAAGAGUCACCAACCGGGCCAUGGUGGGCUCCUCCUCAACCAGCUUCACCAAGAAGCUACAGUCGUUCAACAUCUGUGGUAAGAAGGGAGAGGAUCCUUCCGAACUGGUGCUGUGUGAUAUUAUGGGCCUGGGGGAUGGAGAGAAGAUCGGAGCAACCCUCCAUGACAUCCUGUCCGUUGUUAAAGGCCAUGUACCUGAGGGACACAAGUUUAGUCCAGAUCAGCCAGUGAGGUCUGAGACUAUGGGCUAUGUGAAGAGGCCAAGCCAAAAGGACAAGAUCCAUUGUGUGGCCUUUGUGGUGGACGCCUCUAAAGUCCUGACCUACCCCAAAGGCCUCAAAACCACCUUGCAGCAGCUCCGAGAGCACAUCAGUGACCUGGGUGUUCACCAGGUGGCUCUGCUCACCCACAUAGACCAAAUUUGUCGAGAAACGGCCAAAGAUGUCUCCCAGGUUUACAAGAGCCGCAUCAUUCGGGACAUGAUGGGUAAAGCUGGAGCUCUGUUGGGUAUGUCCACCUCCUACAUCGUUCCAGUGAAGAACUACUCAUCUGAGUUGGACCUGGAUGUGAACACUGAUGUGCUUCUGCUCAGUGCUGUCGACCACAUCCUGCAGUAUGCUGACCUGUAUUUCCAGGACAACACACCACAAUACACUGAAUCACUGUAAAGUUUACACAUGGUAUCGAUUCAACCAAUUAAAAACAUUAUAAAAUCAA